CUCCAAAACAGUUUUUUUGGUUAUCGCGAGAAGAUAUUUCCAACAAUCAAAACAGGCUCUGACCAAACUACUUGAUGAAGGCCUGGAGUGGGAUGUUGUUCCCUGCUCUGAAAGGUGUGAGCAGACUGCUUCCUCAGACGACCUGGGAGGCACUGGGGCAGAACUUCCUCCUCCACCAUGGACUCAGGAUAUCUGCAGGCCAAUGUGGUCAUAUUGCCCAGCAGCCUCGCUGAUGACUUUGAAGCAUUCUGCCGGGCUAACCCCGCACCCCUGCCUCUCCUCCACCGCAGCCCACCGGGAGACUGGGGCUGCCCACCGCUCGCGAACCAAGCAGACAUCAGGACCGACUGUCCCCAGUACACCGUGUACGAGGGCGGCGUUCUGGCCUGCAGGGUAUCCAGUCUGCAGCCGUACGCACUGCAGCUGCAGCAGAUGGUCAGCUUCUACCUGGGCUGCAGCUUCAGCUUUGAGAGGAGCCUGCAGGCAGCUGGGGUCCCUGUCCGCAACAUUCAACAGCAUCGCAACGUGUCCAUGUACAGGACGUCCCUGCUGUGUGCAGGUGGGGGGGCGUUCCAGUGCCCUCUGGUGGUGACUAUGAGACCUGUUCCUGCAGACAAGCUGGACCUUGUGGCCCAGUGCACACACCUCACCCCCCAGGCCCAUGGGGCGCCAAUACACAUAGGAGAACCCGCUCUGCUGGGUAUUCAGGAUGUGAGUAAGCCAGCCUAUGGGGACAGUGUGGAGGCGGAGCCUGGUGACGUGACAGUGUUCUGGGCCUGUGGCAUUACAGGAGUAGAGGCGGUGCUUAGCUGCAAGCCCUCCCUAGCAUUCACCCACUCCCCAGGGUCCAUGUUCAUCACCGACCUGCCUGACCCCUCCUCCUCCGACCCCCCCACGACCCCCCAGUUGGAUCAAUCCCCACUCACCUUCCUCAUCUCCCAGCAGCCUCUGCUCUACAGCAUGGCGGCAGGGGCAGCGGUUCAACGUAUACGCACCCUGGAGAGACUGAUAGGGGAGGAUCCAGGCCUGAGGGGGAUCCAGGUGUUGUUCAAUCAGGACGAGCUGCUGCGCUCCUGCCUGUCUCUCUCCCACUCCUCCUCCGUUCUGAUCACCACCGGCUUCCCCACACACCACACCCUGAACCCCCCCGACGAGACCGACGGCCCCCCGGGAGCCAUCGCCAUGGCAGCCACCCUCCUGGCCCUCGGCAAGCAGGUCACCAUGGUGACGGAUCAGCGCGCCUUGGACAUGAACGAAGCGAUUGUGGAGGAGGCGGUGAGGAGAGGGGUGAUCAAGACUGCCUUCCCAUUGGUCACUUUCCAGAACACCGGCCCAGAGUCGGCCAUACAUUUCCUGUGUCAUGAUGGAGACCCAACCAGACCAAGGUAUGACCACCUGGUGGCGAUAGAGCGCAGCGGUCGCGCUGCAGACGGGAACUAUUACAACAUGAGAGGAAUCAACAUCAAACACCUGGUCGACCCCGUAGACGACCUGUUCAUAGCUGCCAGCAACAUCCCUGGCAUCAUCACCACAGGUAUUGGUGAUGGGGGUAACGAGCUGGGCAUGGGGAAGGUUAAGGAGGCGGUUCGGGCACACAUGCCGAACGGACCGCUGAUCGCCUGUGACGUGGACGCAGAUUUCGCCAUCACUGCAGGAGUGUCUAACUGGGGAGGCUACGCGGUGGCCCACGGCCUCUACAUCCUCAGCCUCUGUCCCAUCCACCAGCGCUACCUCCACAAGGGUCUGGAACCAACACCCUCCCCCACCCACACCCAGGGCCUUGAGAGCAGCCUGCCCUCCGUAGCUAAGGAGGAGGAGAUGUUGGCAAUCCUGGUCAAGUUUGGCGUGCGCAGCGGGAAGACAGCCACUCUGGGAAUGGAGGUGGACGGGUUGACCUUCCACCCCACGCACUCUGACCUUAUCGCCCGCCUACGCGACUGCACCCUCACACACACGAAGACACAAACCUAACACACACACUCUAUAUACAUGUGUGAGAAUGUGUCUACUGAUGUCUGAUGUGUGUGUGUGUGUGUGUGUGUGAAACAGUAGAAGACUCAGAGCAGCAAUCAGCAAGUGCUAAAAGUGAAGUUUAGAGAGAUAUUUUCAUCAAGAUGAUUGGACCAAAAUACUGACACACCACUCAUACAUUCACACACUGAGUGCCUGUGGUUGAUGAUGUUAUUUCCUGUUUUUUCUGUCUGACCUUGAUGCAAGGGAGCAACGCAGUGCAUUGUGGGAGUAUAGGAAGUGAGUGAUUGGGGAAGAGGGCCUUAGUCUCAGACCUUGAUUCUCUUGCUUGUUAAGAUCAUCUUGCCACCUCCUCCUCUAGCCUAAAGGUUAUUGCAUGUGUGUGUGGGUGUGUGAGAGGGAGAGAUGCUGCCUUGGUUACCUUUCACCAUUUUUCCUUCACCACGAGUGAGUGGGCAAGCACUUAAAAAGAACAACCUGUAAUCUAUCACACACACACAAUCAACACACUCACACUCAUACUCACACGCAAUUGACAAACACACGCCUGGAUCAUGACACUGUGCGGUAAUCCAGAUUGUGAUUCAGUAAUAAAACAGAGAUUGUGAAUGUG